UCUGCCCACCCUGCGCCGGGGAGGGGGAGGGGGCGGGGGGCGGGGAGCAGGCAUGGCACCGAGUGGAAGUCUUUGCCUCCCGGCGCAGCCCUGUCUUCCCCGCGUUCCAGCUUCCCUCCCAUCCCAACCAGAGACCCCCUCAGCUGCCUAGGCAGCACGACCUCUCUUACGAGCUUCCUGAGCCCCAACUUUGCAGUGAGACCGCAGAAAACGGAAAUCCAGAAAGCUCCAAAAAAGACGAUUUUUUUUUAAUGCAAUGAAUGAGAGUAGUUCUCUGAGCAGCCUCUUACUCAACCUCUUCUUUCCUCUGGGCUGUCUCCCUGCCUUCCCCUCCCCCCAACCUGGAUGCCUGACUGCUGGAAAAGGCGCGAUUGCUUCUCUUCCUCUUCUGCCCAAGACCCAGCUCUGAACUGAAGUCUAAUAUCCUUUUUAGCCACACACACCCCACACUGAGUCUCAGUGUUCCAGCAUUCACCAGUUCCUCUGCACGGUUCUUGCCAUAACCCCAUUUCACAGACAAAGGCUUAGGAGGGAAAAGAACCCAGACUGUUUCCUGUUAGCCAUUUUAAUGCUGGCCAUCCCCACACACCCAGUUUCCAUCCCUGACGCUGCUCGUGCCUGUGUCUUGAUCCUUUAAAACGUAGGAAAUAUAUAUAGAUAGAUAUAUACAUAUACAUAUCUUAGGUAGCUUGAUAGUUUCUUUAUAAACGUGCAUUGUUGCUUCUGGUUUAUGGCCAUGAAGAAAAUACCAGCCCCCACCCAAAAUGCACUGCAGCCAAGUCGGCUAAAGGCAAUGACUGUUGGAGUCAGUAGGGGGCGCAUUCUUUGCACUGGGUAAGGCUGCAGAGGGGGGAAGGGCCCCUGAGCUAGAACAGGAUGUGCUUCACAGCGCCUUCUACAGACCAUGGGAAAAUGGGCCCAGCCAGACACACACACACACACACACUUGCACUCCUAGGUGGUGAGCUGACAGCAACAUGGUGAAGAAUUGAGUCAAGAGCAGUGAUUUUAUUUCUUCUAAGAAAUCCACUCUGCACUUUGGAAAGUUUUCUCUUUUUUUACUUUUACAAAACCAUUGACUCUCAGACAAGCCACAUUUAUUCUUGGAGACUCCUCUUGGCACAUCCUUGGGUCAGAGGUUCCCUUUCUUUGGAAUUCUUUCACUAAGCUUUGAGUGUAUCAACGUGUUUCUCCAAGGUCAGGUGGUAAAGAGUUUAAAAUCUGAAGAGUUAACAGGUUUGGGGUAUUGCUCAUUAGUCCAUAUCUUUCCAGCUCUUUGGAAGGUUCAAGUCAUUAUUGAAGGGUGUUAGACUUUCAUGGGGUGGUAAUUUCAUGAGCAUGAGAGAUGGGUGUCAUGAUUUGCAAAGCUUUGUUGGUAAACUUCAAGCCCUUGUUGAGUUCUUCAUUGACGAGUCAACAGAGUUGAUUGUAAAAUUUUUGGUUCCUCCCAACUUUGGUCUUGUGGUUGCCAUGUGAUAUGUCGGUAGCCAACCGCCUUUGCAAGUGUUGACACCAGUCUUCUGUGGACACCCACUUUCUUAGGGUGUGCUGAUUUCUAUAGAUUUUACUCCUCUUGUUAUUUCCAUAGGUGUGAGAUGCACAAUGCGAAACCUAGGCCCCAGCUUUUGCACCAUGAUGCACAGGGUUGUACUUUUGGUACUGAACUGAUAGGUGGCCUAGUGGUUAUGCCCUGUACUGCCAUUUUGAGGAUCUGGACUCCGUUUCCUGCCUUGCUCUUUGGACUACAUUGUCAAUUCACACCGGAGAGGAGGAAGAUUGUGCUCCCUUUCUUAGUGUGUAACAACUCCUUAAAACCCGCCUUCCGUCAUGACCUGCGUUUACUGUCUGCCAGUUUAGUGAGAAUCUGCUCUGCCUUACUGGGAGAGGCCUCUUUUCACAAAUUAUCCUGGCUUCUCAUUGAGAAACUAUGUUCCAACUUCCUGUCAACAAUCUUGGCAGUUUAAGAAAAGCCCGGAAAACUGUGAAAAAAAUACUUAGUGACAUUGGGUUGGAAUACUGUAAAGAACAUAUAGAAGAUUUUAAACAGUUUGAACCUAAUGACUUUUAUUUGAAAAACACUACAUGGGAGGAUGUAGGACUAUGGGACCCUUCGCUUACAAAAAACCAGGACUACCGGACAAAACCUUUUUGCUGCAGUGCUUGUCCAUUUUCCUCAAAAUUCUUCUCUGCCUACAAAAGUCAUUUCCGGAAUGUCCACAGCGAAGAUUUUGAAAAUCGGAUUCUCCUUAAUUGCCCCUAUUGUACCUUCAAUGCCGACAAAAAGACUUUGGAAACACACAUUAAAAUAUUUCAUGCUCCAAAUGCCAGCGCACCAAGUAGCAGCAGCCUCAGCACUUUCAAAGAUAAAAACAAAAAUGAUGGCCUUAAACCUAAGCAGGCUGACAGUGUAGAGCAGGCUGUUUAUUACUGUAAGAAGUGCACUUACCGAGACCCUCUUUACGAAAUCGUUAGGAAGCACAUUUACAGGGAACAUUUUCAGCAUGUGGCAGCACCCUACAUAGCAAAGGCCAGCGAGAAGUCACUCAAUGGUGCAGUCCCCUUGGGGACAGGUGCCCGCGAAGAGUGCAGUAUUCACUGCAAGCGAUGCCUUUUCAUGCCCAAGUCCUAUGAGGCUUUGGUGCAGCACGUCAUUGAAGACCAUGAACGCAUAGGCUAUCAGGUCACUGCCAUGAUUGGGCACACAAACGUGGUGGUUCCCCGGUCCAAGCCCUUGAUGUUGAUCGCCCCCAAACCCCAAGAGAAGAAGGGCGUGGGGCUCCCAACGAGAAUAGCUUCCCUCGCUUCUGGAAACGUCCGGUCUUUACCCUCACAGAUGGUCAGUAGACUGUCAAUACCAAAGCCUAACCUAAAUUCCACAGGGGUGGGUGUGAUGUCCGGUGUGCACCUGCAGCAGAACAACUUUGGCGUCAAGGCUGUGGGCCAGAGCUAUAGUGUGGGCCAGUCCAUGAGGCUGGGCCUGGGUGGCAAUGCCCCCGUCUCCAUCCCCCAGCAGUCUCAGUCUGUGAAGCAGUUACUUCCGAGUGGAAACGGGAGGUCCUACGGGCUUGGGACGGAGCAGAGGUCCCAGGCCCCAGCCAGGUACUCCCUACAGUCUGCCAGUGCCGCCGCGCUCUCCACAGCCCAGCUGAAGUCUCCGUCCCUCUCCCAAGCACAGGCCUCCAGAGUGCUCAGCCAGGCCAGCGCCAAGCCCGCGGCCGCGGCCACGGGCCCUCCCCCGCCCAACACCUCCGCAACCCAGAAGUGGAAGAUCUGCACCAUCUGUAAUGAGCUUUUCCCUGAAAAUGUAUAUAGUGUGCACUUCGAAAAAGAACAUAAGGCUGAGAAAGUCCCCGCAGUAGCCAACUACAUUAUGAAAAUACACAACUUUACUAGCAAAUGCCUCUACUGUAACCGCUAUUUGCCCACAGACACCUUGCUCAAUCAUAUGUUAAUUCAUGGUCUGUCUUGUCCAUACUGCCGUUCAACCUUCAACGACGUGGAGAAAAUGGCUGCUCACAUGCGGAUGGUUCAUGUGGACGAGGAGAUGGGGCCCAAGACGGAUUCCACCUUGAGUUUUGACUUGACGUUGCAGCAGGGCAGUCACACGAACAUCCAUCUCCUGGUCACCACAUACAACCUGAGGGACGCCCCCGCCGAGUCCGUGGCCUACCAUGCCCAGAACAACCCUACCGCCCCUCCAAAGCCACAGCCCAAAGUGCAGGAAAAGCCCGACAUCCCUGUGAAGAGCUCGCCUCAAGCUGCGGUGCCCUACAAGAAGGAUGUUGGGAAAACGCUGUGUCCUCUUUGCUUUUCCAUCCUCAAAGGACCCAUCUCCGACGCCCUUGCCCAUCACUUACGGGAGCGGCACCAGGUCAUCCAGACGGUGCACCCGGUGGAGAAGAAGCUCACCUACAAGUGCAUCCACUGCCUGGGCGUGUACACCAGCAACAUGACGGCCUCCACCAUCACGCUGCACCUCGUGCACUGCAGGGGUGUGGGCAAGACCCAGAACGGCCAGGACAAGACGAACGCGCCCUCGAGGCUCAACCAGUCCCCAGGCCUGGCCCCGGCGAAGCGCGCCUACGAGCCAGUGGAGUUCCCCUUGCUGAAAAAGCGGAAGCUCGAGGACGACAGCGACGCCCCUGGCUUCUUUGAAGAGAAGCCCGAAGAGCCCGUUGUUUUAGCUUUAGACCCCAAAGGGCACGAGGACGACUCGUACGAAGCCAGGAAGAGCUUUCUAACCAAGUAUUUCAACAAACAGCCCUACCCCAGCAGGAGAGAGAUCGAGAAGCUAGCUGCCAGCCUGUGGCUAUGGAAAAGCGACAUCGCUUCCCACUUUAGUAACAAGAGGAAGAAGUGUGUUCGCGAUUGUGAAAAGUACAAGCCGGGUGUGCUCCUGGGCUUUAACAUGAAAGAACUGAAUAAAGUGAAGCACGAGAUGGAUUUCGAUGCCGAGUGGCUGUUUGAGAAUCACGACGAGAAGGACUCGAGAGUCGCCAUGAGUAAGACUGUGGACAAGAAGCUGAACCUCGGGAAGGAAGACGACAGCUCCUCGGAUAGCUUUGAACAUCUGGAAGACGACUCCAAUGCCAGUGGCAGCCCCUUUGACCCUGUUUUCGAAGUUGAGCCUAAAAUUCCUAAUGAUAAUCCCGAGGAGCAUGUGCCGAAGGUGAUUCCCGAGGAGGCUCUGGAACCCGAGGAGAAGCUAGACCCAAAGGAGGAGGAUGGCUCCAAGUACGAGACGAUUCAUUUGACUGGGGAGCCAACCAAACUGAUGGCCGAGGCCUCUGACAGCGAGGACGAGCACGACGACGCGGCCGAGUGGAAGGACGGCGCCUCGCCCUCCGAGAGCGGCCCCGGUUCCCAGCAGAUGUCAGACUUUGAGGAUAACGCGUGUGAGAUGAAACCGGGGGCCUGGUCCGACGAGUCUUCCCAGAGCGAAGACGCGAGGAGCAGUAAGCCAGCUGCCAAAAAAAAGGCUGCCCUGCAAGGCGACCGGGAGCAGGUGAAGUGGAAGAAUAGUUCCUAUGGAAAAGUGGAAGGGUUUUGGUCCAAGGACCAGUCGCAGUGGAAGAGUGCGUCCGAGAACGCCGAGCGCUUGUCCAGCCCCCAGAUGGAAUGGCAGAACAGCGCCCUUGACAGCGAGGAGGGGGAGCAGUUUGACGGGGUGACUGACGGCGUGGCCGAGCCCAUGCACGGCAGCCUGGCCGGAGUGAAACUGAGCAGCCAGCAGGCCUGAACUGAACGCCUGGCUCCCCCGCCAAGGGCGCAGCCACUGCUUUCCCAGCCUGACCACAGAGCUGGCUUGAACCGCUACCGCCUGUGGGGACCGGCUGGCGGGCUGCGGGGGACACGUGGCUAUUUCUCAGUCGAUGGCGCACUAUUGGUUGGCUGAUCUUGCUUCAGACCUUUCUCUGGUAGAUAGGGUAACUCAGUGUGACAAGCCAGUACGGUGGUGGCUCAGGAACGCUCGUGUGGCGAGCAGAGGCUUGCUCCAUCCGCCCCUCUACCCUCCUUCCCACUGUGGCCGUGUGGCUGGGUCGCCUUGAGGGGCCGUGUCCCAGCUCACGUGGUGGGGAGUGCAAGCCGGCGUGCAGGCUACCAGUCUAAGUGUAUAGUAACUCUGGGAAAUCAACCCUUCUUUUUCACGUAUUCAUUCUGGAUAGCUAAAAUGUAUAUUUGUACAGUCUUUUAGACCUAUUCAAGUGAUGCUUAUGAUAAUUGUUAUUGUGUGCUCCAUCUAGAUUCGUUUCUGUCUCUUUUUUUUAAGAGUUGCCCUUGCUGUGUAAUAAACGCUGUAUCUAGCUUACUUAGCAGAAGCUUGGACCUGCGCUAGUAUGGACCUUUGGACAGGCUUAGUUUUUGCACAUAAUCUUGUACAAUCCUGGAACAGAGGCCAGCCACAUAAGAUAUAUAUCUGGACUCUCUUGUAUUAUAGAAUUUUUCUUGUUCUGAGUAUCCUUGACAUUACAGCUGUCAAAAAACUAUUUCAGAUACUUUUCUGAAAUCUUUUAAGGUUAAAAAAAAAUCACACACAAGAACUGACUUUGCAGCUACUAAUUUUGACACCUUUUAGGUCUGUAUAAAAGUGUGAUGUGUUAAAGCAGCAAGCACAGUUGUGCUGCGUUUUGGAUAUUUAGUUUUUUCUUUAGUUGAACACCAUCUUGGUGUUUUCAUUUAUACCAUCUAAUAUAUGACACACUGUUGUAGUAUGUAUAAUUUUGUGGUCUUUAUUUCCCUUUGUAUUCAUUUUAAGCAUCUAAAUAAAUUGUUGUAUUGUG